GCCUCACUUAGUUACGAAUCUCUAACCGAACCGCAUCGCAUCGCGAGUAGCAAAAGCCACAAUGUUUCAAAAAAGGAUUAUCGAACUGAUCACGGUUCUCGUGUACUGGAUGCUUCUCACUCCGUACAUCUACAAAUUCUGCAAAGAUCGUGAUAUUGUGAAAUUUAGUGCAGACCAUCUCAUCAGCUCCAUGGGCGAUCACUGCACCUUUGCCCUGUGUCUGAUGAUUGGAUACGUGGUCUUCUAUCGGGUUGUAAUCUUCAUCUACAUGAAGCUCAAGGAGUGCGACAUUCGGAUGUGGGACGACCUCAAACAUGCCAAGGAUGACCCAGAGGCACACUUUGGCAAGAAGUCACACUACAAGCCUGUUUCCCUGGAGAAUGUCGAUGUGGUGGACUCGCCACCCGGAAAGUUGAGAAAGACCAAGAGUGUGGACUCUAUGAAGAAGAAGGCGGGAAAACAUUCUGCCUCGCCACCGCCCAUGAUCCGGACCAUCAGCAAUCCGCUGCUCAUCGAGAGCGACCUGGCGCGCAUACACAUCAAGCACGAGACGCGGCCCUUGGAGAGUGCCACCUUACCCAGACACCAGCAGCUGGCCCAGGUCCAUCCCAGUCCCAAUCCCAGCCUGAGAAGUGCACCACCCGUGCCAGUUAUGGCGAAGAGCGCCACUCUGCCGAACCACUACAGCCACGGCGUGAUCAUGUCACCCAAGGUUCUGAUGCCCAGACCUGAAGAAGUGUAGACAGACUUCAAUAGCCGCGCGCAAACUAUUUAAAUGUUUUUUGGAAAUAGUUUAUGUGACAGCAUCAAGUAUUAGCUACUGCCCAAAGAUCGAAUAGAUAAUCGAGAAACCACGAAAUUAGUCAAACACCACAUACAUUCCCCUGAAACUCAUUCCAGUUAGUGAAUUCCUUAGUUAGUGAAUUAUAUUUAUGUCAUAAGACUGCUCCUGUUAUCUGUGUUUAGUUAUCGAAACGCAAACAUUUAUGCGUAAUAAACAAACGUCUAUUUAUACGACUAUUUAUACGACUAUUAAUACGAUAAAAGCUGAAUAAAUUAUAUUGUAUUUGUGAAA